AUCACUGUCUGUAAAGCUUGUCAUCGUGAUUCGUUGCCUAGGAAACUUAGCACUUUUUUCAAUAUUUUGGAUUUCUGUUUUAAAAUUUAACUGAAAAGCACUAUUUUUGUUUUUAAGUGGUGAUAUGUAAUGGCAAUUCAUGGAACAGCUUUUGUUAAAAUCAGUCUUUGGUGAUUUUAACGGCUGUAGACCCACAUGUGGCGGACUCGUUUUAUAAAAUAAUAACAUAAAAGAUAAGUUAUAUAAAUGUACUCUUAUAUGUUAUUAUUUUAUAAAACGAGUCCGCCACAUGUGGUAGACCAUACAGUACAGUCGCCUUCUUCCAUUCGCCUUCUUCCAUUUAGGGAAUAGACGCUUAGAAAAGAGUUUGUAACAUUCCUCCUUGGUAACAUAUCCCAACCACAGGUACUUGUGGACAUGAUUAUGAUAUUUCUAAUUCAAAUGUUUCAUUAUAGACGAGUAAAUUAAUGUAUUACAGUCGCAUGCUUAAUUUGAAAAAAAAUAUCGUACCUCGGCCUUAUAAAUACUUUGUCCAUCAUGUCUUGUACUGAACUUGUGUUCAAAUUGAUCUUUGUGUACUUGUCUGUUUGGAUCACAGGCAGGUGAUGCAUACUCUAAUUGUGGUCUUCAUAUUACGCUGGAGAAAGCCUAUAGUGUCCUAUUUGCUUUUGAUGUGAUUGAGUUUAUGUUCUCGUUCAGUCUAAGUUUUCAGUGUAGUCUUAAUCCUAAGUAUUUACUAUAAUGAGAGGUGUUGACUAGUUGCUGGUUAUGAAGACUGUAUGUAUGAAUAUUGGGUGUUUUUCUUUUUCUUAGAUAAGUGGAUACAUUUAGAGGGGUUAAAUUCAAUUUGCCAUAGAUUUUCCGAGGAUUGUAAGUUGUCCAAGUCUGCUUGAAGUUUUUCAGUAUCCCUGUCACCGUUGCCUUCAAAUUUUGGACAAAGGUGAAUAUCCCUUGAGCUCAGUCAGUAGAUACAGUGGCUGGCCGUUAAGCUUAGGGUCGUGGAUUCAACCCCCAUUGAAGUCACACUACUUUCCUGUUACACAAGUAAUAUUUUUUGGCAUAGCCCCAGAUAUGACAUGAAAGUUUGGACAAAUAUGUCGGAGUACGCAACAAAUCCUGAGACUAUGGUCCAAGUACAUCAACACAGUCAACAUGCAAACCGUGCUUGGCAAUAUAUGAAAAAAGAACAAAAAGUGAUCAAGAAACAUCUGGUUGAAGAUGCAGAGUCUGCUAUACCUGAGGGUCACCUUCGGUUUGUGUGUAUUUCCGACACACACAGUAAAAUAGAGAAUGGGGUUUUCCAGGUACCAUCAGGUGAUGUUCUUAUACACGCAGGGGACUUCACAAUGAUCGGACUACCCAAGGACAUUGACAAAUUCAAUAAAUACCUUGGGACUUUGCCCCACAAAGUCAAGAUUGUUAUAGCAGGAAACCACGACUUGACAUUUGAUCAAGAUAUGGUGAAAAGUAAUCGUGAAGAAUUGACUACAAUGUUUGGUGUGACAGAAGAAAACUUUGAGGCUUACAUGACUGAGAAGAAGUUGACUGAAGUCAAGGAACUGAUGACAAAUUGUAUUUACCUUGAGGAUGCCUCUGUCAACAUUUACGGAAUCAAAAUCUACGGAUCUCCAUGGCAGCCAAAGUUUGGAGGAUGGGGAUUCAAUUUGCCACGUGGCCAAGCCCUUUUAGACAAGUGGAAUAUGAUUCCAGCAGAUACGGAAAUCUUGAUUACUCAUGGACCUCCAAUUGGUCAUGGAGAUUAUUGUUUUGAUGGGGCUAGAGCUGGGUGUGUGGAGCUUCUCACUACUGUACAACAACGAGUCCGGCCUAAAUACCACAUAUUUGGGCACAUCCAUGAAGGUUAUGGAGUCACUACUGAUGGAGUAACGACCUAUAUUAAUGCUUCGACAUGUACGUUACGAUACAAAACUGAUAAUGCUGCUGUGGUUUUCGACUUCCCAAUUCCUGAAGGACAUACAAAGGAGGAGGUUUUGAAUCUGUAUGUGCAACCUGCCACACCCGUAAAGCGGCCAACAGAGACACAAAGCACCACAUCAUACGAUGACAAUGUUGAUGUUGAAUUUACUGAGGAAGAUUGAAAUAUAGGUUUUAAUAGGAAGAAAUUAUAUUCCAUAAAUAUUGUACACUAUCACUAUAUGGACUUGUUCUUUGGAUAUAUUGUAAUCAUUAGAUUGCUUCGAGAACCAGAAGUUGGUCUCAUCAUUCUGUACAUCUGUAUCAUCACCUCUGAACUCAAAAUUAAUAUGGAUACAACAGUCUGUAAGAAGUGCUCCAUUUCUUAUGUAUAUACUUACAUCUUACUUAGCAAAAUAAGAACAUACCAUAAUUACUUUGUACGUCUGUUGAUUUGACAGCCGUCUUAUGGUUAAGUGUCUAUGUCCAAAGAUCUGUCUGUGCGUCUGUUGAUUUGACAGCCGUCUUAUGGUUAAGUGUCUAUGUCCAAAGAUCUGUCUGUGCGUCUGUUGAUUUGACAACCAUCUUAUGGUUAAGUGUCUAUGUCCAAAGAUCUGUCUGUGCGUCUGUUGAUUUGACAGCCAUCUCAUGGUAAAGUGUCUACGUCCAAAGAUCUGUCUGUGCGUCUGUUGAUUUGACAGCCAUCUUAUGGUUAAGUGUCUACAUCCAACCAUCUUUCCUGCUUUCUGGCCAGUUGUCCAUCUGUCCAUCAACAAUUGGUUAAAGUUUUUUGGUGAAAGUUUACAGUAGUUUACUGUUCUGUCAGAUCAUGUGGUAUUGUCUUAUAAUAUGGCAUGGAUGAGAAUUUUUGGUGACAGAUAUAUUGACCUUUGGCACAACCUUUACGACAUGCAAAUGAAAAGUAUACCACAUUGAUAUGAAUUGCUGACCAAUUUGACCGGUGAUCUUCAAUGACUUAAUUACAUAUUGACAUUGACACUAAGCCUGCAGUGAUGAUAUGUAUAGUUCAAGGGAUUUUUAUCAAAAUGUUGAGUUUGCUUAAAAGCGUCUUUGGAAGUAGACAGCUAACUGUUAAAGGGAAAUAUUGGCUUUCAUAUACAUGUACAUAAUACUAUGCGGUUGAUCAUAAUAAUGGAAGAUAUAUAAAUGAGAGUGUUUACCAUGGUCCACGUAAUAUCGCCUUAAGUCAAGCAGGUCACUUUUAUUUACAUAAGUUGUUUACAAUUUUCUGUUUAUUACCUCAUGUUACUUGUGAUAUAACUUAUACUUUAUUAAUAAAACAUUUACUAAUUUCUAAGUCAUUUUA